UUUUUUUCCCUUCCCCUAGUUUUACUGAAUCUGUUUGAACAUUUUGGGGCCAAAGAUUUUCAGAAGAAGAAUUGAAAUUAUUAAUGGACAUCUGCUUUCACAGAAUGGCCCAGAUAUCUAGCAGCGAUGAAUUUAAACAACGUUCAUCGCCAGUUUUGGAUACCACAAGGCCCAAAGAAGUGGAUAAAGAAGAAGCACUGCAAAUGGAAGCUGAAGCUCUGGCUAAGAUGCAAAAAGAAAGAGUAGUGGUUGGCAGUAGACAAAAGAGUGAUACCUUGAGCUACUCUUGGCCAAGUGUACAGUCCUGCAGAAAACAAGAUCAUGAUCUUAUGGUAUUUCCAGAGUCUGAUGGCAAGAAGAAGGUGGAUGAUAAAUUAAAUUCAAUUGACAUAGACAAACUUACAUGUGCUGAAUUAGAGAAACUUCUUCUAGAAGAAAAUCUUGAAUCCCACAAACCAUCUACAUUGUCAGCCACUCCUAUUCUUGGGGCAUCAUCAUCACAAUUUUAUUCUCAUUCUGUUGCUCAAAGUGGGCAAUGGACAUCUGGUUUGCCUGGGUCUUCUGUCUGUGCUGGACCUUCUGUUUACCCAGUACCUUCUUUCAGUAAACAAGUUGGUAUCUUUCAGAAUGGCUUUCAUCCAGGUAUAUCCACUUACCAGUCUACAAAGCCUAUCUAUCUUCGUCUUCCAGAAAGGUCCCAAUACAUUUCAUAUCCACUGCCAUUUGCUUCAGCUUUCCAUCCGCAAGGAAGUGUACCUACGUAUCAUUCGACACUUACCCCGGAAAUGGCAAAAGUAUUUGAUAAAAUUGCAAGUACUUCAGAAUUUCAAAAGAAUGGGAAAUCAAACAUGGACUUAGAAAUGACUGGUGCUAAAUCUGCUAUUAGUUUGCCAAUCUCUGAAAGCUCCAGUGAUAUUAGUAAAUUUGAUUGGUUGGAUUUAGAUCCUUUAAGUAAACCAAAGGUGGACAAUAUGGAUAUAUUUUAUACUUCAGAAGAUGGAGGAAAGGUAACUAGUACUAAAGUUGUAGAAGAUCCUUGGGAUGCUGUGCUGCUAGAAGAGAAGUCUCCAGGAAAGAGCCAUCUUGAAAGAAAAAUUAGUGGAAAAUCUACUUCUGGGGCAACAGUUACAAGAAGUCAAUCUUUAAACAUUCGAAAUGCUCAACUUGCUAAAUUACAGGGCCAAACUUCACAGACAGACAAUGGGACCAGUAGCCUGCCAGCAGAAAAUAAACUUCUAAAAAAUAUUGAAUGGCAAAAUCAAGAACAAACAGCAUUUUGUGAUGCCAUUACAAAAUUAAGGACCAAGUUUCCCCAUAGCAAUCAUGAUACGAACUUGGGUUUCGUGUUGAGUCCGGUCAUGUUGCAAAGAAAUGUAAGUGGAGAGAACUCCAGUAUCAAGAUUUCAAUAGAAAUUGAAGGUUUCCAACAGCCAGUGACAUUUACAUGUGAUGUGAGUUCUCCAGUUGAACUUAUAAUAAUGCAGGCUCUUUGCUGGGUGCAUGAUGACUUAAAUGAUGUAGAUAUUGGCAGUUAUAUUUUGAAAGUUUGUGGACUAGAAGAAGUUUUACAGAACAAGCAUAGUGUUGGAAGCCAUGAGUAUAUUCAAAACUGUCGAAAGUGGGACACAGAGAUUAUUCUGCAGCUGUUGACCCAUAAUGUUAUAUGCAGAGAUCUAGCACGAACAGAAGAUGAUGAUGGGACACCAAUAGAUUUGACAAAACAUCUCUGCCAUGUAGAAAAGUUUUUCAGAGAGACCAUCCGGAGCCACUCUCUUGAAGAACUGUUAGAAGCUUAUCACAAUCAAGUCGAUAUACUACUUAAAAAUAAGAAUCAGUUUAAAGCAGUGGAACCAGUCGUUAAAGCAGUCAGAAAAAUUUGCUAUGCGUCAGACAGGGUAGAAACUCCUGCAAUUACUACCGCCGUAAAGAAGCUAAGAAGAACAUUUAACCUUCCAGGGAGCAAGAACCCUGCGGGAUCUGUAAUAUCGUCGGAUGACACUAGCAAGAAUCCAGCUGAUUCUUUGCAACCUGAAAAUCCUCUUCAAAUGAGCAUAAAUCACCUGACCUCGGCAGUCUAUGCCCUUCUUCAACUCCACUUGAACUCAUGCCACAGUCCUUCGUUAAGCACUCCAAGCAUUCAGAAAAGCACUAAAGAAGCAUGGACUGCCACAGAGCACCUCCAGUUCACAAUAUUUGCUGCUCAUGGAAUUCCCAAUAAUUGGGUUUCAAUUUAUGAAAAAUAUUACCUGGUUUGUUCUUUGACCCAUAAUGGAAAAGAUCUCUUCAAACCAGUCCAAUCCAAGAAGGUUGGCACAUAUAAGAAUUUCUUCUAUUUGAUUAAGUGGGAUGAAUUAAUAAUUUUUCCCACCCAAAUCUCUCAGUUGCCAUUAGAAUCCAUCCUAUGCCUUGCUCUGUUUGGUAUUUUAAAUCAAAAUGGUGGUAAUUCACCUGAUUCAAAUAAACAGAGAAAAGGCCCAGAGAUGUUGGGUCAAGUUUCCUUACCACUCUUUGACUUUGGACGAACAUUAACUUGUGGGACAAAACUUUUACACCUUUGGACACCUUUUGCAAGCUUAAACAUUGUUUCUGGAGUGGCCCAUAAAAAAGGAAACCUACUGGAAAGGAUAGUGUUGCAGGUUGACUUCCCUUCCUUACCAUUUGACAUUAUAUACAAAAUUCCUCAGGCUGCAAACAAUUCCACGUGUAAUUCUAUAGAAACAUUGGAAAAGGAUUCAAGAGAGCGUCUUCUUUCCAUUCUUUCCAGAGAGGGUAUAUUUGGAUUAUCUAGGAAGGAUAAAGCAUUUUUGUGGGAGAAACGACAUUAUUGUUAUACACAUGCAAAUAGCCUGCCCAAGAUAUUGGCUAGUGCUCCAAACUGGGAUUUGACAAAUCUUCCUGAAAUAUAUUUGCUGCUUCAACGGUGGCCUCCUUUACCUCCACUUACUGCAUUAGAAUUGCUGGACUCAAAUUUUGCAGAUCAAGAAGUAAGAACAAAAGCUGUGCAGUGGAUUGAGGCAAUAAACGAUGAUGAACUUGCUGACAUUCUUCCCCAGUUUGUUCAGGCAUUAAAAUAUGAAACAUAUCUGGACAACUCUUUAGUCAGAUUCCUCUUGGCCCGAGCAUUAGGAAAUAUUCGAAUAGCACACUACCUAUAUUGGUUACUAAAGGAUACCUUGCAUGAUGCCAAACAUGGUAUAAGGUAUGAGCAUAUCCUUGGUGCCUUCCUUUCCAUCUGUGGCAAAAGUCUGAGAGAAGAGCUGGAAAAGCAGUCAAGGCUUGUGCAGAUCUUAGGAAUGGUUGCCGAAAAAGUAAAGCAGACAAGCGGAUCAGCCAGACAGAUGGUUCUGCAAAGUGGAAUGGAACGUGUCCAGUCUUUUUUCUUGAAAAACAAAUGCCGCUUGCCUCUCAGCCCCAGUCUUGUAGCUGAAGAACUGAAUGUAAAGGCAUGUUCCUAUUUCAGUUCUAAUGCAGUCCCUCUUAAAAUUGCUUUGGUGAACGCAGAUCCUUUGGGAGAAGAAAUUAAUGUAAUGUUUAAGGUUGGAGAAGAUCUGCGCCAGGAUAUGUUAGCGUUGCAAAUGAUAAAAAUCAUGGAUAAGAUCUGGUUACAGGAAGGACUGGACUUGAGGAUGGUUAUGUUCAAGUGCCUUGCAACUGGCAAAGAUAGAGGAAUGGUAGAACUUGUUCCAGCUUCAGACACUCUUAGGAAAAUUCAAGUGGAGUAUGGAGUUACAGGAUCCUUUAAAGAUAAGCCCCUUGCGGAAUGGCUAAGAAAAUACAACUCUACAGAAGAAGAAUAUGAAAAGGCUUCUGAAAACUUCAUCUAUUCCUGUGCUGGAUGUUGUGUGGCAACCUAUGUCCUAGGUAUCUGCGAUCGCCACAAUGAUAACAUAAUGCUUCGAAGUACAGGACAUAUGUUCCAUAUUGAUUUUGGAAAAUUCUUGGGCCAUGCACAGAUGUUUGGAAGUUUUAAGAGGGAUCGGGCUCCUUUUGUGCUGACUUCAGAUAUGGCCUACGUUAUCAAUGGUGGUGAAAAGCCCACUAUUCGUUUCCAGUUGUUUGUUGAUCUCUGCUGCCAGGCUUAUAAUCUAAUAAGGAAAAAAGCCAACCUCUUCCUUAAUCUGCUGUCACUGAUGAUGUCUUCUGGCUUGCUAGAACUUUCCGGAGUCCAAGAUCUCAAAUAUGUCCAGGAUGCUCUUCAGCCCCAAACUACUGAUGCCGAGGCUACCAUUUUCUUUACAAGGCUGAUCGAAUCAAGUUUGGGAAGUGUUGCCACAAAGUUCAACUUUUUUAUUCACAACCUUGCUCAGCUGCGUUUCUCAGGGCUGCCUUCUAAUGAUGAGCCGAUCCUCUCUUUUUCACCCAAAACAUACUCACUCAAACAAGAUGGUCGUAUCAAAGAGGCAUCUGUUUUUACAUACCAUAAAAGAUACAACCCAGAUAAAUAUUAUAUCUAUGUGGUCAGAGUUUUGAGAGAGGGGCAGACUGAACCCACAUUCAUUUUUCGUACAUUUGAUGAGUUCCAGGAGUUCCACAACAAGCUUGGUAUCCUAUUUCCUCUUUGGAAAUUACCAGGCUUUCCUAGUAAGAUGGUUCUAGGAAGAACUCAUGUAAAGGAUGUAGCAGCCAAGAGGAAAGUAGAGCUGAAUAGCUACAUACAAAGUUUAAUGAAUGCAUCAACAGAUGUAUCAGAGUGCGAUCUGGUUUAUACUUUCUUCCAUCCUUUACCCCGUGAUGAAAAAGCUGAAGGAAUUGAUGGAAUAACUAGGUGUACAGAUGUAGGCCCUUCAAGUCCUACCUCAGGAAAAGUAGGAGGAGAGGUGAAGUUGUCCAUCUCCUAUAGAAACAAGACGCUGUUUAUCAUGGUGAUGCACAUUAAAGAUUUGGUUACUGAUGAUGGUGCAGAUCCAAAUCCAUAUGUGAAGACGUAUUUGCUUCCAGACAUGCAUAAAACGUCUAAACAGAAAACCAAAAUAUCACGGAAAACUAGAAAUCCAACAUUCAAUGAAAUGCUUGUGUACAGUGGAUAUAGCAAAGAAACACUCAAGCAAAGGGAACUUCAGCUAAGUGUACUCAGUGCUGAAUCUCUGCGUGAAAACUUUUUCCUGGGUGGUAUCACUCUUCCCUUAAAGGAUUUUAACUUAAGCAAGGAGACUGUGAACUGGUACAGGCUUGCUGCUGCACCAUACUUGUGAACCUGACAACUUAGAGAGAUGAAGAUAUGAACUAAAAACUCCUAACUCCAUUUGUAUUUGAUCACUUUUCUCUACUUGAAGAUAAUCCAUACACUUUAGCUUGAAACACUGCAAUAUGGUGGAUUAUAGUUGGACCAGCCUUUGCAAAACUUUACACAAGACUUUUGGCAAGUCAUCUGCUUUAUGCUUUUACUGCAAUAAUAUCUAAGCAUUGAUGUAUAUGAAUUAUAUAAAGGUAAUACUUGUUAUUAAUGCAGUUCUGAACUAUGAACAGAUGUAUCAAAUUCAGUCUGAGGGAGUUAUCCUGGAUUCAUUUAAAUCCCAUUUGAAUUAUUUGCUUUUUGAUAUAUUUCAAAGUUGCUUUAUAAUUCUGCUCUCAGCACAUAGUUCAAGAAAAAAAAGAGAUCAUGACAAAAUUACUGUUCAGUCUGUUAAAAGGGAGGCCUGAAUAGACAGAUAAAAUUCUGUGUUGCAUUUAGCCCUAUGAGUCAUUAAGCUUCUUAGAGGCCAUUAUUAGAAUGAGUGCCAAUAAUUGAAAUUAUACAUAAUGGUGCCUUAUUUUAUCGCUCCUUAUACCUCAUUUCUAAUAUUUAAUAAAAGUUUUACCAAUGCUAGAAGUUAAACAUGCUUUUAAAAAAAUAAUGUUUAUGUGGUUCACUGUUUAAAUCUAACAUUUCUCCUUUAAAUUUAGGUCUACUUCUUUAGGUCAGAUUCAUUUAAAAAAUCUUAUCAGGUUUAUUUUGGCCUCUUUUUUUGGAUUAAUUAAUUUGAUGAACUGUAAGUAUUAUAUGGAUGCGUAUGCAAGUGAUUUUAUACCAUGAUUUGCUACAAAGCACAUAUAUUUCCUGUAGGUAGAUAUAUGGGCUAUUCAGCAGCAAUUUUGGAUUUCAAAAUAGAAGCCCCACAUCAAAGCACAAUAUUUAUUAGUAUCAUAUGGAUUAAAAUUUGCGUAUUAUAAAAAAAAGCCCUAGAUAUUGGGUAGUAAAAUUGACACAGUUACCAUUGGAGCUAACAUUUAGAUUUUGUUUUCAUGAGCACUACUAUCCACAAAGCAUUUUAUUUAAAUGAAAAUUGAUUUGCCCUUAGUAAAAUUAGUAAAAGAUGCUCUGUGUGAGGUAUGGUGGAUUGUAUUUUAGAUUCAUUUCUUUAAUUUUGUAUCCAGCUAUUUUGUAACACUUGGAAAAGGCUGGAUAUAAUUGCAAUUUACUAACUCCAUUAAAAAAAAAAGCUGUUGUAGGAAUUGCAUUAACAUUCCACAAAAUAUGUUGAAACACAAAUACUUUAGAAUAAAGAUACAGACUGUCUGCUGAAUUUAAAGCAAAACAAUGGCAUGAUGAAUGAAUAUUUGAUAGACCGUGUGACAAUCUAUUGCCAGGCAAUUAAACUAAAGUAUGAUAUUAAACGAUCGUUAACUUUGGGUGCUUAAAUGUUCAUAAUUGACUGUAAAAUAAAAUUUGGGAUUCCUCAAUGUUAAAACUGCAUUGUGACUAAUAGAAGCUACUUAACAUUUUUAGAAGGGUUUAUUAGUUAUAAUAUGUUAAGUAUGUAAGUUGUAAGCUAUAUAGUAAACAGAGUAAACUAACUAGAUUGUAUUUCCUGCUCACUUGAUGCUUUUUGAGAUGUAUUCCAUUCCAUCAACAAAACCACAAGUCAUAUAAACACAGGGAAGUAGGCUACUGUUUUUGUGAAACGUUCCAUUAGAUUAACUGAAAGCAAUAUAUACUGCUUUUUUGCAGUCUGUAACUAGAGCACAAUGUAUCACAGCACAAAUCUAGAGAUUCAAAAAAAACUCUUAAUGAUGGUGGUUUGCAACUGCAGUUCUUGUCUGGAUGUUGGUUAGAAUAUAUGCUGCACCUUAUGGUAGUAUUUGCCGUUAGUACAUCCUGUGCCUUUGCCCAUCAUCACCGUUUCUCAAAAUAAAUCCACAAUAACUAAAGCUCUUCAGGUACAUUCUUAUAAAACUGUUUUUCAAUUAUAAUUGAACAUGUAAAGGAGCAACAUUAAUUUUGCAUCUCUUUCAAAUUAUUUAUAUUUGUGUGAUACAUAAACAAAACUGUUCCAGUUUUUUUUUUUAAAUCUGUAUUACAGCUGGCAUACAAAAGGGUUAGAGGGAAUAAUCACAACCAGAUGUAACACUUUACUAAUGAAUGUUUUUAAAGUGUGGUCUCAUGGCAUUUUUAUAUUUUGUGAAUUAAAUUAAAUCCUAUGCAUCAAAUGUGGACUGCAGCUAGAAGUCAAUUUGUGUCUGUACAUUUAUUUUGACAUUUUGAGGAAAACAUCUUACUAUAAGAAAAAUGACCUCCACAUUUUCUGUACUAAAUAAUAGUUAUGACUUUGCACUGAAAAUUUUUAUACUGCCUUUUUAUGACCUAUAGGUAUAUAUAUAAAAAGCAUGAGAGAUCUUUCAUAUUUCUCUAUUUUUAAAAUUUAAAAGGAUCCAGAAAUGUUAAUAUCUUGCCUUAAAUUUGACUGCUUUUUCCAGGAUACAAUUAGCUUUUAAACUGAAGAAAUAUUACUUCUAGAAUCUGCAAAAUAUCACUGUGUAAUGUGGAUUUAAUAGGUGUGGGUAUGUUCAUUGAUAUCGAUGGGUUAAAGUCUGAAUUAAAGCUUCCGCAUGUUGUGUGGAAAAAAUAUUAAAGCAAUACAAUUGCACCAUUCUCACAAUCCAUAGGAACUUAAUAUUCUUCUCUCCACUGUAUUCUCAGUACUGUGACAAACAAUUUGGCAAAGAUUUAUAGAUAAUAAAAUGCAUUAGAUGCAAAUGUGGAUGCUUGCCUGCAAUUGUCUCUCUCUCUGUAAGAACCAAAUACUUCAGCUGUAUUACAGUGAUAGCUAAUAAAGAUGUACAUUAUUUCUAUCAACAUCCUAACCCCAAAAUACUGGGGUUAAAUGUGACUCCGUAACUGUUCUACAAUUAUAUUAAAUGCUAUUUAAUAAAGAA